GGAACUUUGACGAAUUCAUACAGUUUGACCUUGAGGACCCUAACGGCAUGCUCCAGGUGCCGCCACCGGCUUCGCCACCAUCCAACAAUGUAGCCCGUCGAAGAAGUUCGUCUGUCAAUACACCUUUUACCAACAAUCGUCACCACCCCAUGGCGAUCUCUUUAUGGACCUCGACCAUCUCGUCAUACCCACUCACCCAACCGCUACCACCACCACUGCUGGUGCUCCUCAUCCCCCAUCAACAUCGGGCGUGGAACACUUUUUAGAUGCACCCUCUUUCCCAAGUCAAGAAGACGAUCAAGGCUUAGUGCUAGAGCAACAACAGGUUUGGAGACUACAACAUGAGCCAGACUUUGUACCCAAAGGACGACGACGGUCAUGCUCCGUACCACCCACUUUCCACAGCGAACAUUACAAAACACACCAUCCAACACCAAACCAUCAUCAUCAUUAUCAUCAUCCGUCCAACCAGGUCGUCUUUGCCCCCAUACGAGUCGCUGCCGAUUCAAGGCCACCGCCACCCAUGAUGAUGAAACCCAGCACGCCUGUCCAGAUCCAACGACUGCACCGUAGCCGAAUACCAGCUGAAAGUCCGGAGCAACAGCGAGCGUCCAUGGACAAACAACUGCAACGCAUGAAUUUCAACGAUGUGACAGUGGCUGAGCUCAAACACAUGCUGCGGUACUAUGGCCAUUCUACAACAGGUCGUAAGAGUGAAUUGAUUGAGCGACUGCAGCAAGAACGACAACGACUCCACAGCAGCUAUGACCACCAGACUAGUCUCCAACAAUAAAAAAAAGGAAUUUUCUGAUUGCGCUUCUCUCCUUGUGUCUUUCUUUGCAAUAUCUACUUUUCUCUUUCUUCCCGACACAUGCAAGAUAUCAAUGGGUCCAGAAGCAUACAGCAGACUAUACUGAGAUGGAAUACAGAUGCAUAACUGUUUUCAAUUCCGCCCC